GAAGCGGCCGCGCGGCAAUUGCGGGCUCGGGGGCGGUGGCGGUGGCGGCCUUGGCCGUGGAGGCGAAGGUGUCCCAAUCGGGUCGGUCCACCGGUUCCCCCUGCCUCAUGGAAGCGGCGGCGGCCGGCGGCGGCUCGGGGCUACUGCUGAGUGAGGGCGAGCAGCAGUGCUACUCCGAUCUCUUCGCGCGCUGCGCCGGCGCCGCAGUUGGGGGGCCCCCAGACGCAGCCAGAGCCGCUCUCGGCGGGGCCACCGCAGCCACCGGCCCGGUGGCCGAUCUGUUCCGGGCCUCGCAGCUUCCCGCCGAGACGCUGCACCAGAUCACAGAAUUGUGUGGUGCCAAGCGGGUUGGAUAUUUUGGUCCGACACAGUUUUAUGUUGCCUUGAAAUUAAUUGCAGCAGCUCAGUCUGGCCUCCCCGUGCGACUAGAGAGUGUUAAAUGUGAACUGCCGCUGCCUCGAUUUCUGGUGUCCAAGAGUGAGGGCGACCUCCGUUUUGGGAACCCAGCUGAGCCACCUGGAACCAAGGUUCAGAUUCCAUAUUUAGCCGUGGAAAAAAAUACCUUCAAAAGAAUGGACGGUGAGGAUAAACAGCAGGAAGCACCGUCUCCCACGAUGUCACCCCUCGCCUCCCCUCCUUCUUCCCCGCCUCAUUACCAGAGGGUGCCCUUGAGCCAUGGCUACAGCAAACUGCGGAGCAGCGCCGAGCAGCCGCAUCCAGCUCCUUAUGAAGCUAGAUCAUCAUCCCUUGUCCAAUCUGAAGGACCCUCGUCUGGGGGCCCGAGCACCAAUACCCCUCGGCACCAGGCUUCCCUUCUUCGGUCCUUUUCAGUGGAGAGAGAAGCCCAGGACAGUUACCCCGACGAGCCCUGGAGGAUAACAGAGGAGCAGCGCGACUACUACGUCAAUCAGUUUCGAUCUCUACAGCCCGACCCCACGUCCUUCAUUUCAGGUUCUGUGGCCAAGAACUUCUUCACCAAAUCAAAGCUUUCCAUUCCAGAACUCUCCUAUAUAUGGGAACUGAGUGAUGCAGACUGUGACGGAGCUCUGACCCUGCCCGAGUUCUGUGCUGCGUUUCAUCUCAUCGUGGCCCGGAAGAACGGUUACUCGCUCCCAGAGAGCCUGCCCCCGACUCUGCAGCCUCAGUUCUUGCAAGCAGCCUUUCCAAAUCCCAAGUGGGAGUGCGGCUUAUUUGAUUCCUAUUCUGAGUCCAAGCCAGCAAACCAACAACCCCGUGACUUGAAUCGAAUGGAGAAGACAUCUGCUAACGACAUGGCUGACUUUCCUGCUCCUACCCAAGAUAAGAUUGCAGAUGACAAGCAAGUGUUGAAAAAUACUACAGAUGAGGCUUCACCAAAAGACAUGUCCAAGGAAUCAGCCACUCCUAAGGAUUCCAACAGUCUCAAAACAAGACCAAGAUCCAGAUCUUACUCUAGCACCUCCAUAGAAGAGGCCAUGAAACGGGGGGAGGACCCUCCUACCCCACCACCGAGGCCACAGAAAACCCAUUCCAGAGCAUCCUCCUUGGAUCUGAAUAAAGUCUUCCAGCCCAGAGUGCCAGUGGCUAAGUCAGGACUGUUGCCCCCUCCACCCGCACUCCCUCCGAGACCUUGUCCAUCACAGUCUGAACAGGCAUCCGAGGGUGAGGUCCACUCCCAGCAGACCAGAGCCUCCUCCCAGGCAGCAGAAAGUAAUCCCACAAAGAAGGAUACUUCGUAUUCUCAGCAGCCACCUUCAAAGCCCAUACGCCGGAAACUGCGAGCUGAAAGUGCCACCACAGAAAGCCAAGAGCCUGCGACAACCUCUGCUGGGGGUCCACCUGCUGUAUCGACUGGGAAACCCCACCCCACAGUCCAAAAGCAGCCUUCCAAGCAGAAGAAGGCUAUUCAGACUGCUAUUCGCAAAAAUAAGGAGGCCAAUGCUGUGCUCACUCGAUUGAACAGUGAACUCCAACAGCAGCUCAAGGAGGUUCAUCAGGAACGGAUUGCACUGGAAAACCAAUUGGAACAACUUCGUCCAGUCACUGUGUUGUGAGCUCCUAAGAUUUGAGUAAUAGUGGGUGAUCUUUUCUGCCAGGAUCUUUCAUUUGAAUGUUCCAACCCAAGUACCUGUCAUAGUUGUUUGGCUGUAUCUAAAACUGUGAGCAGGGCUUGGGGUAAUAGCCCAGAGAUAAGCUACAUGACUUGUCUGUCUAAGAUGCUGGGUCUCACCCCAGUACUGUAAAACAAAGUAAACAACAAAAACACACACACAAAAUCUGAGUGUGGAAUAUAUUCCAUUCCAUCUUUUGUCUUGUACUUGUACAUUUUAUUGUGGUGGACCAAAUACAGUUGAUUUUCACACUUGAAAUUGUAAUUAUCAGUGAACUUUAUCUCCCAUUCUUAAGUAUUUCUUCAAGGUGUUAGAUGUUGAUCCUUACCAAAAAUUAGUCUUAUAGCCAAUAAAAAUAAAUUUGAGCAUUAUUUAUUUAAAGAAUUUAUGAUUUAUACAAAACCUUGUAACCAAGUACCUUCUGGGUACCUAUUUUAUUUUUGUAGAUAUAUAGCAUAUUCAGUUGAAUGAAUAAUUAUUAAGUAUACCAUAUACUGUAUACUAAAUAAUUUGAAUUCCAGUUGAUCAUUUUUGGCAUGAUGAUAAUUAAAAUUAAAAUAAAACAAAAGCAUCAGAUUCCGACAGACACUGUGCCCUCUACCACUAUAUGCUAGAAAUUGCUUCUCUAGUGCCAUUUCUGUAUAUUUAGCUAUAAAUAGUACAUAACUACUGUUUCCUAUUGGAUGUCAGAUACUUAUGUGUUUUCCACCUAUGGAAAGUAGAAGUCUUGUCAGUGAUCUGUUUAACUUGGCUUGGCUAUCAACUCAAACAACUCAGUCCUUUCAAUAAAUUCUGGGGUAAGAGCCACCUGCUUUAACCACCUUGUACUAUCCGGUGAAAUAAACAGUUGUCAGAGCUCUACUUUCUUCCUGCAUGGGAUAACAUAUCUGAGUAGAUGCAUGAGUUUGGAAACCACCAAUCAAACAUGAAAGGCUGAUGAGCUAUUUGGGUUGAGAAGCACUUUGUUGUUUAAACCCAGGUAUUCAGACUAGAGAAGGGGAAAUGCUUAUUAUGGAUGUCAAUACAGCCGUCUUAGGUAGUUAUUUUUGGUCUCUGUUAUUUUAACCUGGUUGUAUGUAUAUUGGGUCUGAAGAAAUGAUGAAAGAAAUCCAUCCUCACACUGGAUACAUGACUAUUUGGUUCUCUGUGAAGUGUGCCCAGGGGAAGUGAUUGGUUUAUAUGCAUUCCGGAGGAACCCAACUGACUCCAUUGUAAAUGAUAUCACACAGUAAGCUUGAGUUGCAGACCGGUGCCCUAUACAAUUCUUGGUAGCUACUGCUUCUUCUGAAAUCACAAGUUGAAAGUGGGAAUUGACCAACCUUCAGCAGGAUCAGGUAUACCAACUUGGCCAUCAUUUUGAGAGCCAGAAAGCAAACAAAGCUCUCUUGUUCAUUUUGCUAAUGCAUCCUUUUACUAGGAAGGAGGGGUACAGUGUGUGCCCAGGGUGGCAUACGUGGUAGAAGAUAGGUUUUCAGUAUGUGGGACUAAGACUUUGAUUUCCAUAGAGUUGAUGUUUUUUUUUUUUUGAAAAAGUGGGUAUUUAUUGAAUGCUUCCUUUUGGCAUUGGCAGGUUUAGCAAGAGCCUAAUGGCAGAAGAAAAAGACACACACAUGGUGUAUAUUUUUCCCAAGGAGAAAAAAAAUUGUUGACUCUAUUCUGUGCAUAUGGAAGGAUUUUAAAUUGAUUUGAUAUUGUAAAAAAGCACACAAAAGAUGAGGUAUAUCCCUUUUCAAUUCCUUUUGGCUACAUGUUUUUUUUUGCCUGUGGAAAAGGUUUUGAGUAAGUUUAAACUCUUCCCAAUAUUCUGAAUGAGUCAUUUCAGAAUUUUUCAGUAACCUCUCUGCCCAUGUUCUGAGAUCUGAGGACAGCAGCAACUUUUCUGAACAGCCUUACUGUUUUAGAGCUGUCUCUUAAGUGGUCUUCACAAGGGUCCUAUAGUCCCAAGAAUGAAACACUAGAGUUGAUAGCAAGCCUCUUAUGUCCCUUAGUUACUUGUAUGCCAAGUUGCUUUUGCUAUCUUCAUCUCUAGAUGAUGUGAAGCAAAACUGAACAGGACAUAUGGGGAAUGGAAGAGUAUGUUAUUAUCAAAAAAGUUAUGUGUCCUGUUUUGGAACUAACUGCUUUUUAAAUCUUAGAGAAGUAUUUAAUGCAUGAUUGAGAGAAGAGGCAGCUUAGCUAGAAGUUGUGCCUGGUUUGCUAUCACUGGAAAUGAGAAUGUCAUAGGCCAUCUACCCAUCUCCUGGAACUACAGUUCCUGGGUCAAAAAUCCAUAGGAGCAGAGCUAAUGACAGUAAGAAUGUCAGCCUGUGUCUCAGUUCCAUCCUUAGACUUAGCAAUACUGAAAAUAAUUCCAAAGGGUUUCUUUUUUCUGUUUACCAGGUUGAAUUUUAUCAACUCAAUUAAUUAGCCUUAAAAUAUUAUAGCUUGUUUUAAUGAGUUUCAGAUUUAGGCAUUUCUCUGGGCUUAAAGCAAAAAUAAAAUCUGAGGGAAAAAUAUGAUAGAACGAUUUGUUCUUCGGAACACCUCACCUUUCAUGAUACAAUAUAUUAUCCUGAGUUUCUUGGCAGAGCUUUUGACAGCUGUUGCUUUGAAUGGAUUCCAUUCCUGUAUUCCUUAUGGGAGUUUUUAAAAUAGACUACUGUGAUUGAAAUCAACUCAAUAUGUAGUAAGUUAUGGUUUUCUUUGGUUUCUUGGGUCACAAAUGUUCAAUUUCAGCAUAUUUUAGGGAAUGUAAUCAAAACCAUGAAUUUCCUUUGAUUUCCUACCAGUGUCUGCAUUAUCACAAAGCAUUCUUCUGUACAUAUGUGACUUGAUUCUGUAGUCUCUUUAAAUGAUAUUGUCUAUUUCCUGGAAGAAGAUCAAUAGUAAAUAGACUAGAAUGAAUAUAUUUCUUGCAAUUAGGAUAGGUAUUGCCAGUAUAUUCAUCUGAAGCAGUAGUUGGAACCAUUUCUAUUCUAGUAUAUAACAUCUAGAGCUAAAAGUCAUUUUUCCCACACAAACUAGAAUCCCAGCUUCUGACUAUAUAGAUAUCACCAAGGGAAUGUGCUUUUUUAAGUAGCUAAAAGAGCUUCAAAUAUCACAACAACCACAUCUUUGCAUAUUACUGAUAAGAGUCUUUGUCUUAGUUUAAAUAUGAAUGUUAACAAAAUGGAACACUACUCGUAAGAUCUUUUUCUCUUGUAGUUUAAAUAGACACCAUAGCUUAAGUUUCCUCUGUCUAAUUGGUUUACUGUUUCAAGUGUACUUUUUAACAACUCUGAUUUCUAAGGCUCCCUUGGCUUUAUUUACACUUGAGUUAUGGGUGUUUUGUUCAUUUUUUUAACAUCAUGACUCAGUAUGGUUCAAGUUCUAGUAAGAAGUGGGGAUUUUGGAUUUUGGAAUUGUGAGUUGGCACAUCUUGCUGCUAUUUUGGCACGAGCUAAGGGAGACUACCCACUGAUGCCAACAGAUCAGUUAUUGAUGGAAAUUUGCAUGUCUUACCUUUGAGCCACCCACUUUACUUGUUUAUAAGAAGUGCAUCUAGUUAAGUGAACCUCCCAAGAGAAGCUCUAAGAACAACAUAGAGAACUAGGUGAAAAAGCAGUGUAAGCAGAUUUUAAGAGCUGCUUCCUUCACCAAAAGCAGGCUCUCAGAGGUUGCCUAACAAUUGUUCUCUGAGACAGCCAGUUUGUUAGUAUAAGCACAUUAGCCCAGUUUCAGAGUUCCUUUGUUGAGGUCUUCAUAGUUAUUUUCUAUGUUUCCUAACACACACGAUGAGAAAGGAACACUUUCUAAAGGGGACUAUCAUAGGACUUUCAUUGAGAGGUGGUCUUAAUUAUAGAAACCUUUCUCUGCCCUUGACUAUUAGGGAGUGCUUACUUUUUGUGUUCAGUGAGAUCUCUUGUCUUGUUCUCAGCUAAGUUCGUGGUCAUGGGAAGCUAUAGAAAGGGAUUUUGGGGCCGGGCGAUUAGAGGACACUGAAUGACUUAAGGUGGAAUGGAACUACUGUAUUAAGGAAAAUUCAGGUCCCAGUUGUUGUAAACCACUUUGUUGAACAAGAAGACUAGAUCCUCUAACUCCAUCAGGGAAUGCCCCAGAAAUGGAUCAAUUGGUGCCAUGACCUCGUUGUAUUUCGGGUAGAUCCACUGAGUUGUCAUGGUCUCCUUUGUUUUAAGGUAAGUUGGGUGGUAACCCCUACUGUACCUACCUUAGGUACUAGGUAUACUCUCUUUUAGUACUGCCAUUCUUCUUGUCUUUAGCAAAAAUGAGAUGUUCAAGUGAGCCAGAGCCAGGAAGAGCCACUUGUUUUCUUUGUUUGGGGGCCACACAGGGCAGUGCUCAGGGGUUAUUCCUGGAUCUGCACUCAGGAAUUACUCCUGCUGGCUUGGGGGACCAUUUGUGGAGCUGGUGUUUGAACCCUGGUCAGCCACGUGCAAGGCAAAUACCCUACCCGCUGUACUAUCACUCCAGCCCCCAAGGAAGAGCCAUUUUAAUUAUAUUCUUCAUGGCUGUGGGCCAGGCAAGAUAAAGAGCAGAUGGUCUAUUUUAAUGUGGAAAGUAAAAAAAUGUAUAUUUUUUCACGGCAGGUAAAAAUAAGCCACAGCAAAGUAUAUAUUUGAUGUGUUCUGUCUUUUCAUGAUAAUCUGCUAACAAGUGGUGUUAAUAUUUUACUCAGCCAAAGUCUCAUUCAUUUGCUAAGCGUCAGGAACAUUAUAUGUAUAUAAGCGUAGAUAAAUAUAGGGUACCCUAUAUUUGGAUUGUGACUUGUACGCUCAAGCUAACCUUACUGCCUCCUUUUCACACUUGCUGUAAAGUCUGUGAAGAACAUAGUAGGCUAUGAACUUCCAACUGGAAAAUGUAUAUGAUGUGAAACUGGGGUGCUAUGUUAAAAAUAAAUGUAUGAAAAUUA